GGACAACAGCCAAUGCAGCAUGUUCAAGCUGCCCCCCUGCUGGGCGGCCCAUGAGCCCGUCGAUAUGGUGGUUUGAUGUUGGACGGAAAAUAAGAACCCCCCACAACAAACAGAGAGGGCUGGAACAGAGAGACUGGAACAGAGAAAGAGAGGGCAGAAAGGGAAGAACCAUCGACAGAUGGACUCCGCUGUGAUUAAAGAUGGCGGCAGUCUUGACUGCAGACUGCGAAGGACUGUGCUCGAUCCAUAGAAAAGCGCUGGGAGUAGUCUGCGAUCCGGCACAACAAAACAAAGAUGCACACAGUGAGGUUAACCAGCAGGAACAAAUGGAUGGCAAAGACAAACUGUUAUGGCGACAUUCUGCUCUGGCCAGACAUUUUCAUUUCAUUGAGAUGACGGGGAUGUUACCGUUACUGCAGACCCAUGGGUUUAAUAACUGCACAAUGGAAUCCUCAAUAAAUGGACGAACUGCUGGAGGAUGCAUGAGGAAGACAAUCAGAUUUAAGGAGUUGUUUUGCAGUGGCAUAUGUAGAGGUCUGGAUCUAAUAGUUGUGCAGUGUGGGCUCCACGGAGACGUGGCUUAUGGAUGCUGGAACUAUGAGCGUAAGCGACAAAAGGGGCUACCUAGCCGACCUGGGGGGAGGCUUCACUGAGGAUGCUCCCAGGCCUCCAGUCCCAGGGGAGGAAGGUGAGCUCGUGUGCAGUGACGGACGCCAAUGCAGCAACUUAGGCUUCUCCACAAAGAAUGAGAGCCUCAAAUGUGAGGCGUCUGUGGCUACACCCAGGCGACCCGACUUGGACCUGGGUUAUGAGCCGGAGGGCAGUGCCUCUCCGACACCACCCUACAUAAAGUGGGCAGAAUCGCUUCACUCCCUCCUGGAUGACCAGGAUGGCAUCCACUUGUUUCGGAUGUUUCUCAAGCAGGAGGAGUGCGCAGAUAUGCUGGACUUCUGGUUCGCAUGCAGUGGUUUUCGCAAACAAGAAGCCAAUGAGGGUAACGAAGAGAAGAAGCUCAAACUGGCAAAAGCCAUCUAUAAGAAAUUCGUCUUGGACAACAAUGGGAUCGUUUCCAGACAGAUCAAACCAGCCACCAAGUCCUUCAUUAAAGACUGUGUGAUGAAGCUUCAUAUUGAUCCAGCAAUGUUUGACCAGGCUCAGACUGAGAUACAGACUAUCAUGGAGGACAACACCUACCCCUUAUUCCUCAAGUCUGACAUUUAUUUGGAAUAUACACGGACAGGAGGAGAGAGCCCUAAGCUGUACAGUGAUCAGAGCUCUGUCUCUGGGAAUGGGAAAGGACUGUCGGGUUAUUUGCCGACUUUAAAUGAAGAUGAGGAAUGGAGAUGUGACCAUGAGACUGAGGAGCAGCCCGAGAGCGACCCCACACCGAGCACCCGGCUAACCCAGAAGCUGCUGAUGGAGACUGCGACGCAGCGAGUUUGCAACAUUGCGAGAUUCCAGGACAGUCACGAGUACAGGCCCGCUCUAUGUCGGGAGCCCAUCAACCCGUACUACGUCAACACCGGUUACGCCCUGGCCCCCGCCACCAGCGCCAAUGACAGUGAGCAGCAGAGUUUGUCCAGUGACGCAGACACGAUUUCCCUUACCGACAGCAGCGUAGAUGGGGUACCACCCUACAGAUACCGCAAACAGCAUCGCCGGGAGAUGCACGAAAGUGCCAAAGCAAAUGGGCGAGUGCCACUACCUCAUAUUCCACGCCCAAACCGGAUUCCAAAGGACAUUCAUGUGGAGCCAGAGCGUUUCGCUGCAGAGCUGAUCAGCAGACUGGAGGGAGUGCUGAGGGAGAGAGAGGCUCAGGAGAAACUUGAGGAGCGACUGAAGAGAGUUCGAUUGGAAGAGGACGGUGAUGAACUCAUGCCCACAGCCACAACAUCAGCUGGUCACAGGUUCCUUCCUGGUGCCUAUCCACAGAAUCACAGCUCCCGCUACACUGACAUCACCUACAAUGGGGCUUUUCUGAGAGACGCUCACGAGGAGAACCCCGAGAGUAUCCUGGAUGACCACGUCCAGCGGGUCAUGAAAACCCCCGGCUGCCAGUCACCCGGGGCAGGUCGCCACUCGCCCAAGUCACGCUCACCCGACAGCUUCCCAGGGGGCAAAGGGAUUGGACUUGGAAUGCCGCCUUCAUCAGGCCAGGGCAAACACCCAUCCAGGCACGGCCUGAAGGGAGAGAGCAGCCACCUGUACCACCACAAACACGUGCAUCACAUCAACCACACAGGCAUCGGAAAGCCCAAAGAGCAGGUGGAGGCGGAGGGAGCCAUGCGUGCGCACGGCACCUUUCCCUGGGGAGUGGAGACGAGUCAUUAUGGAUCAAGGUCUCGCAGCUACGCUGAUGGCAUGGGAUCCAACUCCAUGGAACAUACAGGUAGCAAAGGCGGCCCACAGUGUAAAAAAGUGUACAGGAAAGGUGAGGAUGUGCGGCCCUAUGACAUGGUGGGAUCCGGAGAAGAGCUGGAGAAAAACCAGAAGAUCCUUUUGUGGCUGAUGGAGGGACAGAAAGAAAUGGUUCAACAGAAGAGAAGCCCGUACGGGAGCACCACUGGGUCCAAGAGGACCACAGCCCACGAGGGAUCCCGUCUCAGCUCGGUGGAGAGACCGGGCUCGGUGUACCCGUGCGGCGGCGCCCAGCUGCGGAACAACGUGCAGCCGUCACAUCCGUUCAUCCAGGAUCCCACCAUGCCCCCCAACCCAGCUCCCAGCCCCCUCAUCCAGCUGGAGGAGGUUUGCCGGCGGCUUGAAGAGGAGAAGAUAAAAUCUGGAACUCUACAGCCCAAGCAAAGGUACGUGAUGGAGGUGAUCCAGAGGGGUCGAACCGCGGUGAGGCCGGCACUGUUCCCUCCGCUCAGCGUGGUGCCCGCCGUUUCUGACAGCGAGCUCUCCGAGCCUGAACAUAAAGCCAGUAAGAAGCAGCCGUGUGAAAACACAGUGGUGGCGUAUUACUUCUGUGAGGAGCAGAUUCCAUACAGGACGUCUGUCAAAGGCAGAGUCGUCACUCUGGGCCAGUUCAAAGAACUGCUCACAAAGAAAGGAAAUUACAGGUAUUAUUUCAAGAAGGUGAGCGACGAGUUUGACUGCGGGGUGGUCUUUGAAGAGGUGCGUGAAGAUGAUGCCAUCUUGCCCAUUUUUGAGGAGAAGAUUAUCGGGAAAGUUGAAAAAAUUGAUUGAGGUGCACGUUAAAAAGGAGGAGGAGGAGAAGUAGAGAAACGAUGGACCGAGGAGCGACUGGAUGGUGAAGAGGAAGUGUUUAGAGAUGAAGAACGUUGGAGCAGGGAGGAAACAGAUUCGGUGGAAGAGAUGAAGAGCGAAGCAGUGGCCUCAGCGGGCGUAGCGCCGCUGCAGUGACUAGAGAAAGACCUCAUUCACUUCUUUGUAAGUGUGAUGUAGACCUGUAAAGUUUAAUAGAUGAACGAAGAACAAAAGUGCUUCUAAAGCUACAUAUUUUUGAUAUCAUGUAUCAGAGGGCGAGGGAGCCCUUUUUAAUAUAAUCACACUUGUAAUUUUUAUAUGUAUUGGUACCAGAUGUGUACAGUUUGUGUUUAAAGAUAACAAAAUUUUAUAUCUAUUUAACUAUUUAAAAAAAAGCUCAUUUUCAAUCCUAUUGAAGCAGGAGUUUGGCCCCUGUUGAAGACGAUCAAAGUCCUUUUAUAGGACUAAGUUUUGUUGUUGUUAGUCAGUUAGUUUUGUCUGUCGCUCACUGGAAGGGCCCUCUGGACUCUAAAGUGCUUUUAAUACUUCACUUUUCAGAUUUUUAAUUUGCGGCUGCACUUUCAUCGUAUUUAUAAACCACUGACCGUCUCAGUUGAGGCUGCAACAUGAUUUUCUAAAGCACACAACACUGAGUGACCAGAAAAAUAGAAACCCCUGUGCAGUUGAAUGCAGUCCACAAUAACAGCUCCGUGUCUUUUAAUAGUGCUCUUAUGAAGCUUAUUAUCAUUUUUGAGAUUCAGACCUUGUGUUGCUGUUGUAAUUGAUUCAAUUUGGUACAAUUGAUACAAAAUGUAAGACUUUUAUACAUAAUAAUAUAGUCUAAUAAUAAUAAUUGGCAUCGUGUGAAAUCAGUCCCUCUCUGACACAGUUUCACAAUAAAUGUGAUAAUUGAUUGCUGUUUUAUUUGGUUGCAUUAAUGCACAUUGCUCGGGUUAUUUGUAUUUUUCUGGUCGGUCAGUGUAACCCGCAUGUAAAUGGGGUGGAUGGCUGUGUCUGUGUACAGUCUUUCACUGCAUUGUUUUCACCUCCACUCAGCUGAAAAUGGAAGUUUAAAGAAAGCUGCCUUCAAAUGAAACGCCAUAGAUGCAAUAACACUUAAAAACAUGAUUGGAAAUUACAAGGUGAAUAUCUAUGCAAAAGGUGGUUUGUGAUUUUGUAGUGGCGCUGGUCUAAAAUCGACACUGGACAUCCAUUGUAUUUGAUGUGUAACAUUAGAAAAGUGUUCAAAGUAGUUUGACAAUUCCCACAGUUGAAUGCAGCAGAGUGGAACCAUGUGGGCAAAUUGAAUAUUGAUUUUAGUUAAAAGUAAAAAAAAUCCUUGCAACAAAGAGCAAGUUGAGGCUCUAGUGUUUAUUUGUGGACUUAAGAAAGUUUUUUAAGAAAGUUUUACCUUCAACUUCUACUGAUCAUUGCAAAUCUGUGGCUUAAAGGUUUCUAAGAACAUGUGCAAGAUCAGUGGGUGAAAAAUCCUUAACUGAGAAAAGAAAGUUUCUCUGGAUACAAAAACCAAGCUGUGAUACCUGUAUAUGGGUCGGGGCGAGUUCUGAGUCACUGAGAGACUUUUCUCUUUGUAUUUUUAGGUAAAAAAAAUAACAGUGCAUUAACAUUUCAAGACUGAUUUUAAUGUCAACUACAAAAUUUGCCCAGUGGGGCCCAAACCUCUGCAUACAACUGUUAAAACAAUCAGGAAAUUAAAAACCCUGUUAACUAAAUGUCAUUUGGUAAAUUAUUUAUUAUUUUUAGGUAAUACCUCAGUCAGUUCAUCAAGCUAAAUUGUAUUUGGCUUGAUGUCUGCAGGGAUUCUCUACCGGUCGUACAACUUCGCUGACUAGUCCUGAUUGUGGAUGAGAAAUUUGACCUUAAUUUUGAUAUAAUUAUUCUGAUUAUGCCUGUUGUUGAAUUACAAUUCAUCGGAUACAUUCAUCUGAAGAUGCUAAUGUGUUAUUAUUAUUUCCAGUUAGACAUCAAACAUUUAAAUUAAUUUACAUCAAUGAAAAAGUGUCACAUCCAGCAUCAGAAGUUGAUGAAACAGAAGAGCAGCUUUUCCACCUGUACACUGUUGUGCAGAGAACGUCCUUGGCCCGAGGUCACGGUGUUCGAAUAAGAAUGCCUGUGAAUGCCGUCACUGUCGUAUGAAAAGUCGAUAUUUGUGUGCAAUGAAGAACACAAAACAUUGCUUUUACACACAAACCUCUGCAGUCCCCAAGUCUCACCACCUCAAACCUUCAAUCACAGCUUCUCGUCGGCUGAGAAAGGGCUGCACUGACAACUGAUUUCUAAUCUGUAGCCUUCUCUUGUUUAUCACAGCUCCAUCUUGUGCCUGACAGGAAUGAAUCGUUAAGUGCAAACUUCUGAUCUACUUCUGAUAGAUCACGUUACACCAAAGAGAAACAAAGCAGAUGUUAGGAGAAGUUCUGAAUUUCCCUUAUUACACUUAUUGCUAGAAUUACUUCUUAGCAAACUAUUAUUGCAUUUUCUUCUUUUUUUUUUGCAAGAUGUGUACGACUUUGACAUUUUUGGUGCAUCGUGACAUGAACGUGAACAUGUGGAUGACUCGUGCUCACAGGACACGAAGAUCUAGUUAUUAUUACAACGUCCCAGACAAUUAUUCUCUGAUUGGAAAUGUGACAUUUUUUUUGCACUGUAAUAGCAAACAAAAAGAAACAGAAAGCGAUGGCACAGAGUUACUGGGAAAAGGUACAUGACAAUACGAUUCAAGGUCAUGCUGUAUUUUUCAUUCUGUAUUCCAUCAUUUUGCUGAAGUCCAUAGUGAGGAAUGUAUUAUAAUAAGAGCCUUUUUUUUUGUUUCUAUGGAAUAAUAGGCAGAAUGAGAUGAGCGAACCCUCAAUCCAGAGUGCUGAACUGUAUGUGUUGUUGCAUAGAAACCCAGUGUGGGGAAUAUCAUGACUUUACGUUUGUUUGAGAUGCAGUAUUUUGAAUUUCUAACUUAAAUCAUAACUUUAAUAUAUUUAGUGCAUUUGCCUCCAGUCGGCCUUUGUACCAGAUCCAGUGAAAUCCUCUUUGUUGUUUUUUUAUUUUAUUUUGAAAUGUAGUGACAAAUCUGUUGUGAAUCUUACUGUGAAAGCCCCAAAAGCAAACUUCCCUUAUUUGAGAUCAAUGACAUGUAUAUAAACAUCAGAGUGCCUUUAUUAAUAUGCUAAUGAUGUCUGCAGUUUGACUUUCAGACACGUGGGGGAUAUAAAUGCCAGGGACUAGCUUUAUUAUUGUUAUCAUUAUUAUUUUUUAUUUUACUUUAUUUUUUUGUUUGGGCUUUUCUUUUCUUAUUAUUAUAUUUGCAAUCCUGCUCAACUGUCACUAUUCCACACGUUUUCUAUGUAAAUAUGUACAACGUGAAUCGUCAUCAACCAGCAGCCCAGUUAGCACAAUCAGUACCCUGGACCUGUUUCUGUUCACUAACUAGCAUGGUCACCGUUGGUACCUGGACAAUAAAUACAUGCAGUAAACCAG